UCGAGCUGGAAUUAAAGUGCUUAAUUAAAAGGCCACUGAUCAGUGCGCUAUUUAUAGGCGCGCGGCGGGGAGAGUCUCCUGGGUUAUUUCGGUAGCGAAAGGAAAACGUCGUUCGCUCGUUUCGUAAACACCGAGGCUGCCCUACCGCUCGCCGUUUUCCCCGUUUAAGACGAGCCCUGUCAGAGCCGCGCUGCUGUCUUGUCUUAUCUUUUUUGAGGACUGGGAGACGUGCCUGGGUUCUCAAUCUCGCGCCUGACAUUGCGCAUGCGUGAUCCGGCCGCGGCGCCGAGAUGCAGCUGUGGGAUGCGGAGAGGGGAGUCCCGACUCUGCGCGGUCGAUGUUAACCUCUUUCUGGGGCCGAGCAAACGCAGCGGGUGGUCUGCUCCCCGGAGACCGCCUUGAGGAGGGAGGAGAGAGAGCGAGGGAGAGAAAAGAGGAGGCGCUCGUUACAGCAGUCACCAACCUGUGGAUGGUGGCGGCGCGUGCUGCGGAUUAGAGACAGUCUCGCGCUGGGGUCAGUGCGCGCGAGCUCGUCUCGAGGCGCGACGGUUGCCGCCAGGACCGCGACCACAAGUGCCAGACAUGCGCUGCUUGUGAAGAAGAGCUCUGGCUGUAUGAAUGGCCCCGCUAUGGAGGAAGUUCCGUUUCCCAGAGUCCGCACGCGGCGGAGGAAAAGUCGCUGCCUGGCCGGCGCGUGCGAGCGCGAGUUUGACUGCAAGGAGCUCGAGACUCUCUUCCAGAAGUACAACCUGAAGCUCGAGCAGACCGCGACGCUCAAAGCGCUGGCCAUCCUCAUCCUCGCCGCGUCCGCGCUGGCGCUCGUGGAGCUGCUCUCGGCCGGCUCGCGCUUCACCGUGUCCAAGGGCUCGCACCCGGUCCACUGCGUCAUCUUCACCUCACUCUUCAUCGUCACCAACGUCAAAUAUCUGCAGGUCACGCAGCUGCAGCAGAUCGCGCGGCUCGCUCUGCUCUUCAGCUUCACGUUCGCGUUGCUCUGCUGCCCGUUUCCUCUCGUGCUGGGUCACGGGACGCAGGGCGCGCAGGGGCCUGACGCACUGAGCGCAACACCUGAGCAAGGUGUCUGGCAGCUGAUGCUUGUUACGUUCGUUGCCUACUCUCUGCUACCUGUCAGGACGAUCUUGGCGGUUUUGUUCGGCAUCCUGGUGGCCGCGUCGCAUUUCAUUGUGACGGCGACAUCGGUGACGGCGCGUAGACCUCGCGUGUGGACGCCGCUCGUAGCGAAUGCAGUGUUGCUGGUCGGCGUGAAUCUGUCGGGUGUGUUUGUGCGAGUCCUUACUGAGCGCGCCCAGAGGAAGGCCUUCCUGCAAGCCAGAAACUGCAUCCAGCAGCGCCUGCAACUAGAGGACGAGAACGAGAAACAGGAACGCCUUCUCAUGAGCCUGCUGCCCAGAAAUGUUGCCAUGGAGAUGAAGGAGGACUUCCUGAAGCCACCAGAAAGAAUCUUCCAUAAGAUAUACAUCCAACGACAUGACAACGUCAGCAUCCUGUUUGCAGACAUUGUGGGCUUUACCAGUCUAGCUUCACAGUGCACGGCCCAGGAGCUGGUCAAACUGCUGAACGAGCUCUUCGGGAAGUUUGACGAACUCGCUACAGAAAACCACUGCAGGAGGAUUAAGAUCUUGGGAGACUGUUAUUACUGUGUGUCCGGCCUGACCCAGCCCAAAGCGGACCACGCUCACUGCUGUGUGGAGAUGGGUCUGGACAUGAUCGACACCAUCACGUCAGUGGCGGAAGCGACAGAGGUGGACCUGAACAUGCGUGUGGGUUUACACACGGGCCGCGUGCUGUGCGGGGUUCUGGGGCUCCGCAAGUGGCAGUACGACGUCUGGUCCAAUGAUGUGACGCUGGCCAACAUGAUGGAGGCCGGAGGACUGCCUGGGAAGGUUCAUAUCACCAGGGCAACGCUGGAAUGUCUGAAUGGAGAUUACGAGGUGGAGCCGGGAUUUGGCCACGAGAGACACUCUUUUCUUAGCAAACACGCCAUCGAGACGUUCUUCAUCGUGCCCUCACACAGACGCAAGAUUUUUCCUGGACUGAUCCUAUCAGACAUAAAGCCAGCGAAAAGGAUGAAGUUUAAGACAGUCUGUUACCUGCUGGUGCAGCUCAUGCACUGCAGAAAGAUGUUCAAGGCUGAGAUCCCUUUCUCCAACGUCAUGACCUGUGAGGAUGAUGACAAGAGACGGGCCCUACGAACAGCUUCCGAGAAGCUGCGCAAUCGAACGUCAUUUUCGGCAGGCAUGGUGCAGAACUCUCCCGGGACCAGAGUGAACCGUUACAUCGGCCGUCUGAUAGAAGCGCGACAGACGGAGUCAGAAACGGCAGACCUCAACUUCAUUACCCUCACAUACAGGAGCAGAGACAGAGAGCAGAGAUAUCAGCAAGUGUAUGACGAUGCCUUCAUCAGUGCGGUGGUUAUCUCGCUUGUCCUCACUUCAUUUUUUGCAGUGGUCUAUUUUCUCAUCAUUCCUCAAGGUCUUCUGGUUGUCAUUCUGCUGGUUCUCUGUUUGUGUUUCCACAUGGCAAGUGUGAUGUACCUUCACAUCACUCAUGUGCAGUGCUCUCCUGACUGUCUGACCCUGCAGAUCAGAACAGUUCUGUGUGGGUUUCUGGUGCUGCUGAUGUACUCCGUGACCCAGGGGUGUGUGGUGGAAUGUGUACCGUGGUCACUGGAGGGGAAUUCCAAUGUCUCCAUGGUGACAGUUGUCACAGUCAACGGGACCAGCGUGGGCUCCGGGUUGUGCAAAUACACUCCGUACGUAUUUUUAUCAUGUGUGAUGGCGUCGUUAUCUGUGGCUCUGUACCUCCGUGUGUCAUCACUACCCAAGAUCCUCCUGCUUCUCCUUCUCAACAUCCUCCACACUGUCGUCAUGGAGACUAGCGGCUAUCGGAAGGCCAUAGGAGGUGGAUUUUUUCACACACACAGCUAUGACCCGGUUCUGGCAAUGCUGCUGUUUUCUGGAGCUCUGGUGCUUCACUGCAGACAGCUGGAUCUCAAACUCAGACUGGACUACCUCUGGGCCACCCAGGCCGAGGAGGAGAGGGAUGACAUGGAGAGAGUGAAGCUGGACAAUAAGAGGAUCCUCUUCAACCUUCUGCCUGCACAUGUAGCUCAACACUUCCUGCUGUCCAACCCACGAAACAUGGACUUGUAUUAUCAGUCUUACUCUCAGGUGGGCGUCCUGUUCGCCUCCAUCCCCAACUUUAAUGACUUCUACAUUGAGCUGGAUGGAAACAACAUGGGUGUGGAAUGUCUCCGGCUGCUAAACGAGAUCAUCGCCGACUUUGAUGCGCUGAUGGAUAAGGAAUGCUACAGAGACAUUGAGAAGAUCAAAACUAUUGGCAGUACUUACAUGGCUGCGGUCGGACUCGUCCCCACUGCGGGAUCCAAGGUAAAGAAGUCUAUUUCUGAGCACCUGUGCACAGUGGCAGAUUUCGCCAUUGAGAUGUUUGACGUACUGGAUGCGAUCAACUACCAGUCCUACAAUGACUUUGUGCUUCGAGUUGGUAUCAACGUGGGUCCAGUAGUUGCAGGUGUAAUCGGGGCUCGCAGGCCUCAGUACGACAUCUGGGGAAACACGGUCAACGUCGCCAGCAGAAUGGACAGCACUGGAGUUCAGGGAAAAAUACAAGUGACCGAGGACGUCUUCCGCCUACUCUCCGGUUAUUAUCACUUCCAGUGCCGUGGCCAGGUCAGCGUGAAGGGCAAAGGUCAAAUGCUCACCUACUUUCUUGAAGGCCGAAGCUCGCAAGGCACGCAGCACGCGCGAUCCAAGAGCCCCGAGAGCGGCUCGAGCCCCUGCAUCCGGACCAAACUGGGAUCAGCGCCCGCUGUUAGCAGCUACGGGGUGAAAAGUCACACCGUAGGACACGUCAGCACCCCGAACAACAGCAUUCUGUACCUGCCCUCUGUAUCCGUCGACAUGGAGAUGGAGGUGUGAUCGCCAAGACGACGGGUUCCACGGUGAUCAAUCGAUGCAUUAGUAAAUCAGAGGCAGGGAGGGAAACCCAGCACAAGGUAAGAAGCGAGACAAAAAAGCGAGGAGAGACGAGACACUCUUUGCGCAUUCAAACGUGCCAAACCGAGAAAGGCCCUCCCCCUUCACGCAAGUACAUAAUAAGCAUGUAUGUCUUUCUGUGUGCACGUAUGCGUGUGUUUUAAUGAGUCUUCCCCGACCAACAGGAUAUCAGGGUCUCCUAAACGGGAGCAUGCGAUCUACUGCAAAAGGCAGCUUCACACCAGCCGAGGAGACACCCACCGUGUGUGUGUGUGUGAGUGUGUGUGUGUUAUCUUGCAUCUGAAAAUGUCAAGAGAUGCCACGGCGAUGAAUAUUUUGAACAUGUGAGCGGUGAGGACCAAACGUUUCGUUUAAAACAGCGCUGUAUUUUGUACGAGACUGAGUCAGGCCAGUUUCUGAGACGUGUCGGGGGUUUUUUUUCCCCCCCAGCGAGACGAAGGAAAAGCUGGUUGCUCAUAUUGAGAUCCGCUUCGGAUAAAUUGUUUACAUGAAGAACACGUCACGGGUUUACAGACCUGAUAGCAAAGCUAUUCCCAGCUCUUCGGGUUUCAAGCCCUCGUCUGCGGUCGCAGAGAGGCAGAAGUACUAAACAACCGCAGUGAAUCAGAGACUGCCGUGAUUUACUAGCGAAUGCUAACGCUAUCCUGUUUUGUAAUCAUUUACAGAAAGUCGGUCGAGUCUGUGACGUGGGUAAAUGUUUAACUUUGCGUGGGUUGAAUCAGCACAGUUUUCCUGUAUGCGAUGUGUGUACGCACUUGGUGCUUGGACAAAACAUCUGUAUGCACUUGCUGCUGCCCUUUGCCCUCUGGGAUAUCCUUUCCAGUAAUAACGCGACAACCGAUCCCAUUGCGUCAGAUACAGCGAAACGACUGAGAAGCCAGCACAAUCGAGGCCGCCGCCACGAUGCUAUUUGCAAAAAGCAACCAAAUUGGCUUCCAGUGUGCGAUCAAAUGGCUUAAUAUACAUUUAUUCCGCAUCCGUUUUGUCGGCGGUGGCACUUCGCUUUCAGAUUCUCCUAUCAACGGUAGCAUCUCUCACUGUGCUUGCGGAACGAUCUCUACCACGCGGUUGAACAUGCAUGAUAUUUUAGUGCUGGAUGUGUCAUGUGCUCUCUAGAUCUUAGGUUAAACAUCUGGAUUUUAGUGCAUCUGUUUCAGAGCAUGCAGACGUCCCAAACCCGCUCUGGGUUGGGAAAGCCUCACGAGCCUCAUUUCGGAUUUCAGAACGAUCUUUUUGGUUUCCUUUUCGUGCUAUUACUGUAUCUUUGAUAGAUUUCCCAUGAUGCCUAGCGAAAAGAAGUUUGGCUUCAAGCAUGCCGUUCUGCAUGUCCCUCUCAGCAUGCCGUAAUUCUGUCACGUCGCUCUAUUUGAUAACUGAUUUGUGUCUCUAAUGCAUGCCUACUGGAAAAACACAACCGAGGGUGAAAAGUGUCGAAGAUAUGUUGCGAAAACAUGCUUUAGUAGCACUGCAUGAGCCCAGAAUAAUGGCCUUGAUGAAACUAACCAUCUUUUCUUUUCUUUAUUUCUUUUUUUUUCGUUAUCCGACGGCGUAUUUGCUUACCUGGUCCGUGCGUGGUGCUGUGGGGAAAGCUUUCUGGGAGUUUUGUAGCAUUGGCGCCUUGUCGAGCUCUUGAAGUGACUGCCUUUUUAUCCAGGGUCUGUUGGAGAAAGUCUGUUUCUUUUGAAUAUGUGCCAACAACACGCAUACUGUACGGUUACCAACAUAUCAAACUGUGUUCCUUUCUAGCGCGACUUUGCGAUUUAUUGCGUGCAUUCAGUUCCGUUGCGAACUUUUACUCUCAUACGGAGUGAUCGUACCACGUGGGGCUCAAUACCGACUCGCAAAUGGGCUAUUCCUUUUUUUAUUUUUUCGACGUUUACUUCGCGUUAAGCUACGUAUUCAGGAAUGCUCUCUCCGAUUCUGUUUCCCGCUGCAUUUAGCUUCAUUUUGCCAUGUGAGGAAUUACGCAUAUUUAUUAACGUAAAGUAAGGAGCUGUUCAUUCGAGUUUCAUAUAUGUAGAUUUUUGGUUUUUCUUUAAUGAAUAUGAAUGCCAAAUGCCAAAAUGCUUAUCGUUAUCACUGAAUAUUUCAGAUUCUAUGAUCCAACAAAUGUAGCCAAACAGCUAAAUGGUUCUAUUUGAUAUGGCUUAAUAUGAUCUAUUUUGACUACAGUGGCCUAACUUACUGCUGUUAUGAACAUUAAUGAUAUAUUAACUUUAUUAAUGCAUAAAGUGUGCACAGUAAAAUCAUAGAAUAGAUUUUCAUGUCGAUUAGAUAUUUUCAUAUUUGAUACGGGUCAAAAUUAUUGUACGUAUUAAAUAUAUUGUAGAGUAAACUAAAAGAGUAUUUUAUUGAUGAUUUGUAAUAUUUGUGCUAUUUUUGGGGUUGCAAUGUAUUUAUUGUGAUGGUUCUAUGUGAAUGUAAAUUUCAUAUUGAGAUCUUUUAUACUUGUGUUUGCACUGUUCGGGAAUAAAAUAACAAUGAGAGAUGA